AUGCCUAGGGAUAGAGAACCUCUUAGUGUUGGUCGUGUUAUAGGGGACGUGUUGGACCCUUCCACAAGAUCUAUCUCCCUCAGGGUCAAUUACAAUUCUAGAGAGGUUAACAAUGGUUGUGAGCUCAAACCCUCUCACGUUGUCAACCAGCACAGGGUUGAUAUCGGUGGGGAAGAUCUAAGGACCUUCUACACACUGGUAAGUCCCAACCAUGAUCAUGGGCAUAUAAGGAUGGACAAAUAUCUCCAUUGGUUGGUGACUGAUAUUCCAGCAACUACCGGGGCAAACUUUGGGCAAGAGGUUGUGUGCUACGAGAGCCCAAGGCCGACAGCGGGAAUUCAUCGGUUUGUUUUUGUGUUGUUUCGGCAACUAGGCAGGGAAACAGUGUAUGCCCCUGGGUGGCGCCAGAAUUUCAACACCAGGGACUUUGCUGAACUUUACAAUCUAGGGUCGCCAGUGGCUGCUGUUUAUUUCAACUGUCAGAGGGAGACUGGCUCUGGUGGAAGGAGACCAUAA